AAGUGAACACCAUGUCUUUAUUUCAAAGGUCCAUCUUUGGAAGGACCGUCCUCCAUCUCCAAGCCUUCAGUAUACCUUCAAUGGAAGAUUACUCAGGACCACAAGUCUUUGUUGAGCUUCGCUUUACUAAGUUCUACACAACAAUUGGAGAACAUAACUCUACCAAAAAAAGAAUCCCUUUCUGUUUUUAUGUAGGCCAACUCCCAAUCCUCCGAGCUUUACAAUUGAUUGUCUUGGAAGUCUUCUCGCAUAUUGAAAAUCAUCCAGAUACAAGAGAACUUGAGCUUUGUGAGGAGCAUCUCCUCCAAUUUGCAUCAGGGGCUACAACAACACAAGGCCCAACAACGGAAUCAGCACUUGAGCUGCUUGUUGACAUUGGCUUCCUCUGCGAUGAUAGGUGGACUCUUGAGGAUGUGAACAAUAUAAAUGACUUAAUGCAGGAGAUGCCUUUGGUGGAGGAGGAGGGGGAUGACGAUGAGUUUGCCAGUGCUACAUUGGACUAUGAUCUCGCUGAGGUUGGUGAUAGGAUAGAAGAAAUCGGGUUUGAUGAGCCAACAAGUGGCUCUUCAGUUGAGGGACUAGAACAAGUGUCAUAUGUUAAGAGAGAUGGAUUUCAAGAAGAGUGUGUGAUAUGCCUCGAGGAGUUUAAUACUGAAGCAAAAGUGAGUCAGAUGUCUUGUUCCCAUCUAUUUCAUAGCCGAUGUAUCGCUCAAUGGCUGGAAAGGAGUCACCUUUGCCCUCUUUGCAGAUGCCCUUAUGAAGAGCCAUAAAAGUUUCUUUAAUCUUGAGUGCUUCUAUAUUUCUUUUUCUCUUUUGUUGUUGGAUCAAUGAAGUUCACAUAUAUUAUUAUAUAAUAUGCUAUAUGACAAAAUGAUGGACAUGUGUGUCU